AUGACAAAGUCCAACAAGUGGACAAAAGCAUCCUCGCCUCCCUCAACGCCCUCACCUAUUCCAAAGCCUCCAAGUGUAGCUGACCCACAACGCAUGCUCCGUCGGCCCCUCUUGGUCGCCUCGCUCGGCAAUCCACCCCCACUAUACAAAAAUACCCUUCACUCCGCCGGCCACACACUACUAUCCUCCCUCCAGCAGUAUCUCUCCUACCCGCCCUUCGCCAAAAGCCGCCCUCACGGCAACGGUCUUUUCUCUAGUGGCAAUGAUAUCACCCUCUGGCAAUCACCCACUCUGAUGAACGUCAGCGGCCCAGCCGUUGCUACUGCCUGGAAGACCUUCCUACGAGACCUGCCAAACGAAGAUCGCACAAGGGCGAAGUUGGUCGUUGUACACGAUGAACUAGAGAGUCCGCUGGGGAAAAUAAAGCUCAAGGUUGGUGGGAGCGCGAGGGGGCAUAACGGGCUCAAGAGUUGUGUAAGCAGCCUGGGAGGCAUGGCAUUUUCGCGGAUUGGAGUUGGGAUUGGUAGACCAGAGAGUAGGGAGAGCAGGGAUGUUGCGAACUAUGUUCUGAAGAAGAUGAGUGUGGUGGAAGUGCAGAAGGUCAUCAAAGGGGUGGAGGAGGUAGUAGAGAUUCUCAUGAAAAUGCAGGAAGAAUGA